GUUUUUUCUUUUGGAAUACAACAUCGCCCACAAAUGGAAAAUAGAAUACAUUCUGCACUAGAUUUAUUAUUAAACGAGGCUAAUGAUUUGUGUAUUGGGACGCAAAUAGCUGAACUGCAUGCCAUCCCGGAUGCCACAGAAUUCGCCCGAGAUUAUUAUGCCAAACAGCAGCCUGUAGUUAUAAGAAAUGCGGUGAAGGCAUGGCCUGCUGUGAACAAAUGGGGACCAGAAUAUUUCAAACAAAAACUGAGUAACAAAAUUGUGGAUGUAGCUGUUACCCCCAAUGGUUAUGCUGAUGGUUUGGCUGUUAGAUACGAAGAUAAAAAGGAGUACUUUGUUUUACCUUUGGAAGAACAAUGUACAAUGGAGGAAUUUUUGGAAAAUAUAGACAAUCCCAUGGGUGCCGUAUACUAUAUACAAAAGCAGAAUUCGAAUUUUUCAUUGGAUUUUCCAGAACUUAAGGAUGAUAUUGAUGCUUCAGUUUUGAAAUUUGCUGAAGCAUCAUUUAACAAACCACCAGAUGCUGUUAAUUUUUGGAUGGGUGAUGAAAGGGCUAUAACAUCAAUGCAUAAGGAUCCCUAUGAUAAUUUAUACUGUGUUAUAUCUGGUUAUAAAGACUUCAUACUGCUGCCGCCACACUGUAUGCCCUGGAUACCAAAGCAAUUAUAUCCCACCGGGGUGUAUAAACGUAAUUUGGAAACAAACCAAUAUCAUAUUGAACCUGUAAUGUGUCCCCCAGAUGAUGAGAGUGAAAAUGGCUUUAUCAAUGAUCCCAUGUCAACUGAGUGGAUAAGCAUUGAUCCCUUGGCUCCGGACCUAUUCAAAUAUCCACAAUACUCAAAAGUUAAACCCUUGAGGGUCCGUGUGAAAGCUGGUGAUAUGCUUUAUUUACCCAACUACUGGUAUCAUCAUGUCAGCCAGAGUCAUAAAUGUAUUGCUGUGAAUUUCUGGUAUGACAUGGAGUAUGAUAGUCGUUAUUGUUACUAUAGAAUGUUGGAAGAAUUGACUAAAACAAAGCAAACUUGCGAAUAAAAAUAUUGCUGCACUGUAA